CCCAUCCCCUUUCACGGUGCCUCUGGGGAAGGUCCUGCCAUGGCACUGCCUGCCCUGCGCCCAUUCCUGGGGUCUCCCUCACCGUGGGGUCUGAGGAUAGGGCCCUUCCACUGCGGCACUAGGAGCCCCCUCCCUGCCAGGGCUGCCGUGUGUGCCGGGAACACGGCCAGGGGCUGCGGGACCCUGCAGGGUGCCUGGCCAGGACCACCGCUCGGGGUCCCUGGGUGCUCGGGGACAUCCCAGUGUCAGGGUCACCCCUCUCCCUCCAGCCAGGGCAGCCCUCAUGGGUGCUGCAGCACCGCGGGCCCCGCUCCUGCGCCGGGAUCUGCACCCACCGGGUGGGGAGAGCAGGGCUGGGGGUGGGGGUGCUGUGGGGUCCCACCAGAGUCCUUGGGGACCCAGCCCGGAGCCCCCCUCGCCCCGGGCAGCCCCCAGCCCUGCUGUGCACAGCCCCAGGUACCCGUUUGCCAGCUGCCCCGUGCCAUGCCGGAUGGUGUGAGGGGCCCAGCACCCCCCUUCCCUGCAAGGUUGGGGGUGCUGGGCUGUGUCUCCACCCCCAGCGAAGCCGCCUGCGCCAGGCCCACACCUCGCCGUGCCGUGCCGUGCCGUGCCGCUCGGCCGGGUGUGCACGGGCAGUGGGGAGCGCAUUGUCCUCGCCGGAGAGCGGCAGCGGCCGAGCGCUUCUCCUUGCUCUUGCUGCCGUCAGCCUGCACCGGUGCCGGUGCCGGGCCGCGGGCACACGCCGGGAUGCUGCCGUACCGGCUGUGCCUCCCCAGGGCCUGCCGCGAGCAGCAGAGGACGGUUUUUGAAUGAAAAGUCUCUUUUAAUGCCGCUGGCCAGGCGCCGUCCAGCCAUCCUGCUGUGGGGAACAAGGAGGCGGCUGUGCCGGAGGAGGAGGGAAUUUGGUUUCCACCUUGUGCGGCGCUCCUGCGGCCAGUCGCCGGCCGGCAGCGGGGAGAGGUGCCCAGCAGCCGCGGGCACAACGAAAGAUGCCAGUGAGCCUCUCCACGGCCCUGCGCGUCGUCGGGACCAGCCUCUUCGCCUUGGCGGUGCUGGGGGGCAUCCUGGCCGCCUACGUCACGGGCUACCAGUUCAUCCACACGGAGAAGCACUACCUCUCCUUCGGGCUCUACGGGGCCAUCCUGGGGCUGCACCUCUUCAUCCAGAGCCUCUUCGCCUUCCUGGAACACCGGCGCAUGCGGGGCGAGGGGCGGCCGGUGCGGCUGGGGCGCUCGGUGGCCCUCUGCAUCGCCGCUUACCAGGAGGAUCCCGACUACCUGAAGAAGUGCCUGCGCUCCGUCAAGCGCAUCGCCUUCCCCGACCUCAAAGUGGUGAUGGUGGUGGACGGGAACGGCCCCGACGACACCUACAUGUUGGACAUCUUCCACGACGUGAUGGGCUCCGAGCGUUCGGGCAGCUACGUCUGGAGGAGCAACUUCCACGCGCAGGGCGAGGGGGAGACGGAGGCCGGGCUGCGGGAAGGGCUGGCCCGCGUCCAGGCGCUGGUGCGCGGCACCACCUACUCCUGCAUCCUCCAGAAGUGGGGCGGGAAGCGGGAGGUGAUGUACACGGCCUUCCGGGCGCUCGGAGACUCCGUGGAUUACAUCCAGGUGUGUGACUCAGACACGGUGCUGGACCCCGCCUGCACCGCCGAGAUGCUCCGCAUCCUGGAGGCCGACCCCCGCGUCGGCGGCGUUGGCGGCGACGUCCAGAUCCUGAACAAGUACGACUCGUGGAUCUCCUUCCUGAGCAGCGUGCGGUACUGGAUGGCCUUCAACGUGGAGCGUGCCUGCCAGUCCUACUUUGGCUGCGUGCAGUGCAUCAGCGGGCCCCUGGGCAUGUACCGCAACGCCCUGCUGCAGCAGUUCCUCGAGGACUGGUACCACCAGACCUUCCUGGGCAGCAAGUGCAGCUUCGGGGACGACCGGCACCUCACCAACCGCGUGCUCAGCCUGGGCUACCAGACCAAGUACACGGCUCGCUCCAAGUGCCUGACGGAGACGCCCACCCGCUACCUGCGCUGGCUCAACCAGCAGACCCGCUGGAGCAAGUCCUACUUCCGCGAGUGGCUCUACAACGCCCUGUGGUUCCACAAGCAUCACCUCUGGAUGACCUACGAGUCGGUGGUGACCGGCUUCUUCCCCUUCUUCCUCAUCGCCACCGUCAUCCAGCUCUUCUACCGCGGCCGCAUCUGGAACAUCCUCCUCUUCCUGCUGACGGUGCAGCUGGUGGGCAUCAUCAAGGCCACCUACGCCUGCUUCCUGCGGGGCAACGCCGAGAUGAUCUUCAUGUCCCUCUACGCCCUCCUCUACAUGUCCAGCCUGCUGCCCGCCAAGAUGUUCGCCAUCGCCACCAUCAACAAGUCGGGCUGGGGCACGUCGGGGCGCCGGACCAUCGUGGUUAACUUUGUGGGGUUGCUGCCGGUGUCGGUGUGGGUGGCGGUGCUGCUGGGCGGGCUGGCCUACACCGCCUACAGCCAGGACCUCUUCAGCGAGACCGAGGUGGCCUUCCUCGUCUCGGGUGCCAUCCUCUACGCCUGCUACUGGGUGGCCCUGCUCACCCUCUACCUGGCCAUCGUCGCCCGGCGCUGCGGCAAGCGGCAGGAGCAGUGCGGGCUGGCCUUUGCCGAGGUCUGACCGCGGAAAGCGCCGGGGUGGCCCCGCGUGCUGGGGCGACCGCCACCGGUCCCCUCCUCGCCCGCCACCAGCCCCGGCACAGCCGGCACUGAGCCAUCGGGUGCUGGGCAGCGCUGAGCGCGCCCGCCGCGGCGUUUCUGAUCAAGUCUUGCUUUUUUUGUUGUUGUUUUGUUUGGUUUUUUUCUUAUUUUCAUUUUUCUGUACAAACCUGGCUGCUGGCCGGGGAGAGGCCGAGCCGGGGCUGACUGUCACCGGGCUGGGCACAGC